AUGGUACGUCAUCAACCGUCAUCGUGGCUCGGGGUUUUGAGCUGCCUAUUCUUCUUCAUUCAAAUAAUCCCUCUAUCAUCAUCUCAACAGUUGAAUUGUCGAGUCCCAUCAGAUAUAGUGUUUGUAUUGGACGGUUCAGAAAGUCUAAAAGACGAUGACUUUAAAAGUAUGAAAAAGUUUGUGAACAAUUUAUUACUGGGUUAUCCAGUGGAAGAAAACUACACGAGGAUCGGCGUGAUUGUAUUCGGAACCUAUCCGGCCGAUACCAUAGAACUUACGUCAACGUACAACAAGUAUUUAUUGGCGGCAAGGAUUGAAAAUCUUGCUCACCCAAAAUCCGGUACCGGAACUGCUCGGGCGCUAGAGGCCAUGAGAGAAAUGUUCCGAACAAAAAGUUCACGGGACUUUGUACAUCGUGUGGGAGUGGUCAUCACGGACGGUCGCUCCGCUCGACCGGAUCAGACGAAAAACCAGGCAGCCAUGGCACGUGCGGAAGGCAUCACUCUGUUAGCUAUAGGAUUCGGAUCUAGCAUUUUCACAACGGAAUUAGAAACAAUAGCAACUGCCUCCAACGUAUUCAGUGUGGCUAAUUCUUUCAAUGACUCUUUGGAGAGAGUAGACGCUGCUUUAAGACCCUUGGUCUGUGAAGCACCCCCUGUUAUUGUAUUAUCUGGCGGGUCUACUGUUCUUCUCGGAGGAAGUAUCAUCUUGACUGCAACGAUAAGCACAGCGUCCAAUAUAACCUCCAUGAAAUGGCAGAAGGUCACCGGAAGUGGCGUAGUUACAGAUAUAGACAUUGCGUCCUCUUCUGGGAAAUACUCCGGAAGCACUGUUUCGUCAUUGAACCCAAGACUCGUUAUCAACAAUGCUAAUUAUAAUGAUGGCGCCAUCUAUAGGCUUGUGGUAACAAACACUGGAGGGGAGACUACCAGUAACCUUAUUGAAAUCCGAGUUGUCGAACUCCCAAGCAUUACCAUAACCGGAAGUUCUAUCGUAGGAUACGGAAGUACAGCUACAUUGUCAGCUGUUAUUUCAGCAACCGUCCAAAUUCUGUCCGUCAGAUGGCAGAAAGUGUUCAGUAACGGUGCCGCCUAUGACAUCGACGUGAUCGGAACUUCCGGAAAAUACAGCGGAAGCACUAACUCUAUAACUAACCCUGUGCUUGUGAUCAAUGGAGUUGACACCACGGAUGAGGCUAAUUACCAGUUAGUAGUCACAACAGCUCUAGGAGAGGUGUCUAGUAACCAGAUAAACCUAAUCGUUACCGGAGGCCCCACCAGUCCAAUCACUACAACAAGAGCUUUACCUUUCACAACAGACAGAAUCAACUCAAUAGCACCUGAGAUUUGUCCAAACUGUAUUAUUGGCCGGAACUGGGGCUACAAAUCCGUGGCGGGAGACUGUACAAAGUUUAUCUACAUGUUACCUGACGCUGAUGGGAAGGCAUUAGAAUUUAUGCACGUGUGUCCCUGGGGUCAGUUUUGGAAUUUGAAUCAUCUGACAUGUCAACCCGCCCACGAAGUAUAUUGCCCAGACAGUCCUUGUAUCGGGAAAAUUGCUGGUACAAUAGCCAUGGCAGACUACUGUAGUGCGUUCUGGGUAUGUCUUAAUGGAACAGCCGUGGCCUCCUGUUGUCCCUCGGGCAAUAACGCUUAUGUACAGGGCGUGGGGUGUACCGCAGAUCCAACGUGUUUGUCAGAAUGUCCACCAAAAGAUAAUAGAAUUGUCGCCCCUGUUGUUUGCACCAACUUCCCUGACCUAUCUGACGAAGAGAGGUUUAUACAAAUGGCACCAUCGGGCAAUAUCUCUAUGCGUUGUCCGCUAGGAACCGCUUUCGUCGCCGCUGACUGCGGCUGCACCAAAAUGGUCACUAUUCUGCCGUCCUCUAACCUCAAUGAAUGUAAACCGGAAGUAAUUAUGACCUUUGAUGACCUGUCUAGACCAUUUGCGGACUCCUCCACGAAUGGUAUCACCGUCACAUAUGAAUACGUUGAUGUGGAUCCAGCUAUGAGAAUGGCUAAAUUCAACGGAUCCGGAAUGAUCAAUCUCUAUCGUUUCGCAUUCGUUGAUUUCCAGGAAAGCCUUGUUAUCAGGCUUGAGUUCCAGGAACUACCAGGUGGCGCUGAACAGCAGGCUCUGGUUACCAACUGUAUCUUCUCGUAUCAGGAAGAGGCCACGAUUUCGAUGAUUGUUGAUAAGAAAAUCAGCGCUGUUAUCUUCGGUUUGGAGACUUCCGACGCUAAGGCAGAGUUCAUCGUGCCUUACACGAGAAAUGUAAUGAAUAAGGUGAUCUUUAUCUACAACGGAGAGAAUGCUGUGGCCGUCAUUAACAACGUGAGAGCGAACGUCAGACUCACAGGACACAUAAUUAGAAGACAAAGUGGUAUAGUGAUAGGGGCCGGAAGUCGAUUGGGGCACUUUACCGGAUAUGUUGAUAACUUUGAACUUUUCAUGUGUCUACCAACGGAAGUUGAACAGUAUCUGAAAGACUAACAUGUACAGAUGUGAAUAUAUACCACACAGAGUGUUAAACUAUCAAAUUUACAGUGGACGAGAAACUGUGUACAUAUAGACCUAUACGGAUAUUUUUUUUUAAUGAAAUAGCUUUGUAAAUAU